AUGACGCGCGAUGCGGACGCGUCGGAGCGACGCAGAACGUCCGUUUCGGUCCUCGUGGCGAUAACAUCCAUGAUCGUUGCCUUCUUCGCGGGCACGCACGUCGGUGCGAGCACCUCGAACGUCCCGCAGAGAGGCGUAGAUUACACGAUUCCGGUAGCUUUUCGCAACGACAAUCGCGCAGAGGAGGAAGAGAGGGCGUACCGUCGAGACAAGGCGACAGGCGGUGACGACGCGCGCAAAAGAACGCUCCAUGCGUCGCUCGCGCCAGAUCGAGACGAAUCCGUGGAUUACUGCAUCCUCGGCGCGGGUCCGGGUGGUAUCCAGACUGGAACAUACAUAUUGAGAGACAUUCCGAGCGCGACGCUCGUGGUGUUGGAGAAGCGAUCUUCCGCCGGCUCGUUCUUUCAGCGGUUUCCGAUCCAUCGGAAGUUGAUCAGCAUUAACAAGCGUUACUUUACAGAAAAGCAAACAGACGCAGACUUCCGCUUGCGUCACGAUUGGAACUCCCUCAUCGAUCCGCUUGACGACGCCGAGCCAAAUCGACUACGUCUAUUGAUGCAAAACUACAGCGACGAGUACUAUCCGCAUGCGAGUGAUCUGGCGCGCUACCUUGAUGAUUUUGCGACUGAAAAACUUGAAGGGUUGGUUUCAUACAACACUGAAGUGUUUUCCAUCGCAAAGGAAAAAACGCGUUCCGCAUUCAUCGUCAAGACAUCAAAGGGAGAAUGGCGAUGCGGUAACGUCAUCUCAGCCACUGGUUUGUCGGCGCCAACUCAAUUAUCGGCGCACUUUUGGCAUCCGAAAGUAAUCGGCUACGAGCAAUUGACGGACGACGUCUCGAUGUUCGCCGGUAAACGCGUCGCGGUUUUGGGUGCUGGAAACGCCGGAUUCGAGACCGCGGCGGCGAUAUCCAAAGUCUCGGCGCACACCGACAUUUUUGCUUCGAGUGAAAUUCGCUUCGCGCACCAAACGCAUUACCCCGGGGCAUUGCGAAUCCCCAACGCGGCUUUCUUGGAUCAGUAUUUGCUCAAGAGUUUGGACUCGAUGAUAAUGAUCGACGAUAUGAUCAUGUCACAGCUGCGGAUCACAGAAGGCUUUGGCGGUGUCGUCCUGAGGAUCAAGGGCAACGUGGACAUCGACGACAUCAUCGCAUCCGGGGAUAAACGCAGGUGCCGGGCGCUCGAAUAUUGUUUCUUCUACGAUUACGUUAUCCGCGCCAUCGGCUGGAAGUUUGAUCGAACUAUAUUUAAACAGUCUACCGUACCGAAACUUGAGAAACCUGGUGAGGUAACGAAGCGCGGGGGUAAAUAUCCGUCCAUGACAGCGACGUACGAAUCGAGGAAUGUGCCCGGACUGUACUUUGCCGGUGCGGUGGCGCACGCCCUCGACUUUCAGCGCUCGGCGGGCGGUUUCAUUCACGGAUUCAGGUACACGUCGAGAGCUCUCACUCGGUAUCUCGACGUGAAAAACCACGGAGGCUCUUGGCCCACGGUGAUUUUGCGUGGUAGUACGCACGCGCUGAUGCACGCGUCGCAACGUAUCAACACAGCUUCAUCCUUAUAUCAAAUGUACGGCACGCUAGCCGACGUCAUACUGAUCGAUGCGACGUCGACGCAGAAUGCGUAUCCGACCGUUGAUGGCGUCAUGGAGGACGCCAUGCGUGGCGCUCGUUACCACAUUGACGUCCCAAUGAAAAUGCUCCGCGACGGCGUAUUCGUGACCGGGCCGUCGAAUGAAACUGGUCGAAGUGCCGGCGGGGGGUUUAUUGUGACGAUCACGAUGGAAUUCGGCGAGACGUUUCACGGGCGCUUCGUUGUCGAUCACGGAAGUCGGAACACACGGACAGGGGAGUUUCUCAGCGAAGCAGAACUCGAAAACCAGCGGAACCUAUUCCUACAUCCGGUGCUUAGAUUGUUUCGGCGAGCCAGCCGCCGCGACGGUACCGUGGCGAUUGUACCAAACUCUCAACCAGAGUACACCGUACACUUGGCUGAGGACUUAGCGACAGAUUGGACGCAUCCUACAGUGCACCGCGACGUCAUGCGCAAAUUCAUCCGUCGCGCAGUCGUGUUGGCCAACGGCGUCUCGCGGGGAUCGGAGCUCGGGCUGGUCGAGCUCACCGGCGAGAGCGUGUUUGAAGCGCAGUUCAGCUCUGACUUCAGACUCGGCGUAUUUGACACGAUUCGUGCGUUGUGGUCGUCGCGAAGAUCGACAUUCUAA